GAGCAAUUGAUUGCAUUGUAUCGAGGUGGCGUUCUAUAUUUAUUCGACGACAGUGGUGUCCAGAUCAUUCAACCCGAAAAGUAUCAAACUGUUAAAGAAUACACAUGUCAGCCAACACUGCAGAAAUCGACCCCAAAUAUUCAGGGACUAUCUCUCGCUGCUUCUCCAACAAAGAUUAUUGAAUACGACUCUUCUGGGGUACUUGAGAUUGAGGAGCUGUUUGCAGGAGGCUCAAAGCAUGGCAUCAUUCAAGGACUUCAAGAUUUUCUGCAGCGCCUUUCCCCACCAUUCCCCCCUUCAAAGCAACAUUUCAUCUUUGUUGUCCCCGAAAACCUAAAAUUUUUUAGCUGCCAACACUCCACAGAAGGGUUUUUGCAGAUUCAUGCCCCAUAUAUAGCGAAGGUAUCAGUAGAAUCCACAGCCGACAAGAGUACGGAUUAUGUGGGGAUUCAACUAUCAUUACACAGGCUUCAACUUCUUCCAUUACAUUACACUAUCCCUUUCGGAGUUGAAUCCACACCCGUCGACAAGAGCCGUGGUAGCUCAGCGGGAGAGCACCCACCUAGAGUAUGGGCGUCCCGGGUUCGAUCCCCGGUCACGACACUUUUGAUUCCUUUAAUCCCGUUCCAUGGCCAAGACGGAUCGACAGAGCGCUCAGAACUAGUCCAGCCAGCCACCUAG